AUGAACAGGGUAUGCCUACUCGUGGCGAUCUGCUUGGCUCUUUCACACUCUAGCAAAAGUGUAACUGACCAGCAGACGGGAGGCAUAAGUCUCACCCUCCAGAGGGGAAGCAACGUGUGCGUAAAAACCAGGAGGGGAAAAAGUCACAAAGGAGGAAGUGCCUCCCCCCCGUGGCCUAGCUUAAGCUGCAAACAAAUCAGCAUUGUAAAGCGACCUGCCAAGCUGUGCAGGUACCUCUUCUACAACCCCCUCCAUGCACAUCGAAGGAACAAAAGUGUCCACGACGGGGAAAAACAAUCCACACAUGCAAACAGGGGGGGAAGUAAAACAACCUACCUGUCCAGAGGGCAGUCUGGGAGUAGGCGCUACUACAAGGGAGGUUACCAUGGAGGGAAGGCUUGGUCCAUUUUUGCAUUACACGAGGGGGGUGCAGGGGAUAGGGGUGGCGUGAGGAAGCAGCAAAUUGGUGAUUCCGGGGGGGGUGAUAGUUCGACUGCCCAGCGUGAAGAAAACGAACUGAUGAGAGGGGGAAGUGCAGUAGAGGAGGUGAACAAACGAGGGGGCGCACCACACCUGAGUGGGACGACCCCCACGGAUGGAGCACACAGCACAAAUGGCAUGCUCCACCCGAACGAGGAAAACCUAUCGAAGGCAAUGAAACAAGCGGAGGAGUACAUCAAGGGGAAAGAGGACGACGUGCUGGAAAGGAGAGAAGUGCAGAAGAAGAAAAAGGUGAUCGAGAAUUUAAAAGGACAGGAGGAUGUCUUCACAGAUAAGUUCCUGGACCUUGGUAUGUAUGACGUGUUGAAGCACGUGUACGAGGGGGGUCUCUACGCGGAUUCGAAGAGCUUGGUGGAGGCCGUGUGUAGGUGGAUGCGAAGGGCCUACACGGGGGGAGCGUCGGAGGAGGGGGCAAAGGGGAAGACUUCACCCCACGUGGGUAGUUCACCCCGCAUGGAUAGUUCACCCCACAAGGACAAUUCACCCGAGGCGCCCUACCUCGUGGAGAAGGACCUCGCAGACAACUACAGCCCAGACGGAGGAGAGAAAAUUGUGAACCACUUCCGCUUGGACCCCCCAGGGGAGAAGAAAGGAAGUCCACUUGUGGAGUCGCUAAAGCUGUACAACAAAAAGAAUUUAAAAAAAUAUUUUUUAUCCCUAAAUAGAGGUAAUAUCCUAAAACAGCUGGUGAUUGAAGGGGAGGACGAAAUUCUGGACUCUGCGGAAGAGUCUCCAAAAAAAAGAGACGACUCAAAAAGGGUAUCAGACGAACAAGUAAAAAAGGUUAUAUCCUGCAAUAGCAUCCUAAACUGUGACUUCGAUACGUAUAUCGAUAAGGAGAGGUACUUGCAGUCCAACGUUACAGUCGAGUUUAACAUAUACGACACGUAUAGCGACCGAGUUAUUCUAAACAAUAAGAACACAAAUUCUACUAUGCUGGAAUUUCCUCUAAUGUACAGCCAUCAGAUUAUACAGAAAUGUAUUUUAACAAUGAAGAAGCUAGAGAAGGCCAUCUUCUACAUUAACAAUAGCUUCUUGUUUGGUCUUUUUUCCCCGCAAGAGGAACCCAUGAAUGAGGAGGACAGACGUGUCUACGACGUCAUUACGAAUGAGAGUUGGGUGAAGAUGGAAAUCUACCUCUGCAAUAUUUACAGGAUGGAUGAGCAGUGGUUGGGUAUCACUCCGGAGAUGUUUGCGGAUGAAGCCAAGGCGAACAGCUUUCUUCAGUCCUACUCGGGGGGCGAGACGGGCAACUUGAUUUGCAAGCCGGGGGGGGGACAAACACCCACGGGGCAAGUAGGAGAAUUGCCGUCCACACAGAACGUUGAUCAGACUGCCCCGUUGAAUGCAGACCAGCCUACCACACCGAAUGAGAAUGAGCCUUCCACUGUGAACGCGGACCAGACUGCCAAAUCGAAUGAGGACCCCCCUGGCACACCCAACGAAGAUGCUACCUCCGCGGACGCUGCCUCCAGCCAACGCAGGGAGGAAAUAGAACGAAGGCGGGAGGAGUACGAAUCGAAGAAGGACAUCGAAAUUAAGAGCGAGUUCUUAAUGAAGAAGCUGGAGAACGAAAUGAAGUACGACCCGAACCACUACAUGUGGAGGGAUCUCUACCCACAGUUAGACGACCGAGGAAAGGAGAGAACAGAAAAAUAUUUUAAAAACUUCCAAAAGGAGAUGAGCGAAAAUAAGUGUAGCCGCGGGUACACAGAUAACAUAAAAAAAAAGCAACAGUUAAAAGGUUACGACAUCGGAGAGAAGAUCGAAGGAAGAGCAAAGCACUAUAUGUGGCAAGAAACAAUCCACGCGUUCGUUUUGUAUUUUCCACUACGAUCAUACGUAACCAAACAGGAUAUCUACAUCGAUGUGGAUAAUACAUUUUUUUUUCUUUCAAUACGUGGACAUACCAUUAUAAAGGAUUUUUUCAACAAGCCAAUAAAUUCUGCCGACUCCAUUUGGUCCCUCACUGACAGGGAAGAAGACGUAGUAGUGGGAGGUAUCUCCACGCAAAAGGGACACGAAAGAGCAGGUCGAGAUGAAUUCCCCCUGCUGGAAAUUACCCAUAUGGAUGAUUCAGAGAUCCAAAAAAUGAUGAAGCUGAAAUAUUGCCUCGUGUACAACAUUUACAAGGACAACAAUCACAAGUACAUGUGGGGGUCCAUAUUUAAAGCGUCCUGA